UAUAUAUAUAUAUACGUAGUUGGCAUAUACGUAACCUAUACGUUGAUUUAUUGUUGCAAAUAAUAUAAGUUACAAAUUUUAUAAUGAUGAAUACACUUUUAUCAUUAAGAAUAUUAUCAUGUACUGGGAAAAAAUUGUUAAUUAACGAUACGAUUAAUUCAAAAUAUUCGUUUGUAAAAACCUUAAGAAAUCUUCACAUAACCUCUUUUAAUACAAAAGAGAUAAGAGGUGCAAAUGACAAAGUUAGAGUUGGUAGUAACAAAUAUAAUUUAGUUGAAGGAGAAGUAGAAGGUUCAGUUCAUAGUUUAGACCAAACAAAACUAUUCCCUGAAGAAGACACACCAAAUUGGAUUUUUAAAGGUAUACCAUAUAAGGAAUUACCAAUUGUUAAUAUAAAAGCAACUCAUAACAAUACUAUUCUAUCUUUGACAGAUUAUCAAGGAAAGGUACUAGCAGUACAUUCUGCAGGUAGAGAAGGUUUUAAAAAUACUAGAAAGGGUACUAAUGUCGCAGCACAACAAACGGCAAUUAGUUUCAGCGAAACAAUUCGAAAUAAAUGUACACCAGUAAUCAGAGUACGUGUAGGUGGAUUAGGCUCUGGUAGAAUGGCUGCUUUGAAAGGUCUUCAAUUAUCAGGAAUAGAAAUAAUAUCAAUCACAGAUAGUACAAGAGUUUCGUGGUGUCCACAAAGACCAAGAAAGCCAAGGAGAAUAUAAUUAUAUCCUAUACAUCUAGAACGGCGUCUUUUAAAAGUCAUCUUAUUAUUAUAAUUUAACAAUUAUAUGUACAUUUACUUGAAAUUAGAACUUCAUAUUUA